UGCCAACAUGGAUUAACGUGAUAUCUAUGAAUUUGGGGCCCAGACCUCGUCGAGAGAUGCAAGUUGGAUUGACAGGGAAACUGGCUUUGCUGACGUGUCCUGUUCUUCGCAAAGUCCAAUCCUACUGCUGUGCCGCGAUACAACAGGCAGCAGGAUAACAUUAAAGAUAAAAGUUCUCACUCUCCCUCCCAAGUCCAGCCAUCCCAACGUAUCGUUUUCAAUCCAGUAGUCAAAUCCCAAUCAUCGUCUCGCCCACCAAACACACAACAUCACAGUAACACGACAAUGGGCCCCUGGACCGUCACCUCGUGCACCGUCUCCGACGCCGCCGACUUGGCGCGCAACAACAUGUCAGCCUUCUGGGAAGACCCGACGUGGAUCCUCCUCUGGCCCAGAGACUUUACCAGGGAGUACGUCAUCGAGCAGUGCGCCAAGCGGAUGCCGCGCAGCCUGCUCCGGGACCGGGCGACGCUGCGCCACCAGAAGGCCGUCGACCCCGAGACGGGGGCCAUCGUGGGGUAUGCUAGGUGGAUACUGCCGCCGGGCCGUGCCGUGAAGGCAACUGGUGAGGCUGAAUGGGGAGAAGCGCAGGUCCCCGAUGUGAGCGUGGAUGAGAGGGAGGGGUUUGAGAGGCUCUUCCGGACGGCGGAUUGGAAUACCAGAGACGAUAUGGAUGCGCUGGAUGAUAAGAACCACGUGGUGAUGAACAGGAUUAGGUCGGAGAAGCCGUACAUCUCGCUUGAUUAUCUGGCUGUGCAUCCCGACAACAAAGGCAAGGGAGUGGCAACGGCUCUUGUUGAGAGCGGCAUAAGAGCAGCUGAGGAGAUGGGAGUUGACAUAUUCAUGCUUGCCUUCAAGGCUGGAUUGGGAGUGUACAAGAGACUCGGCUUUCAGGAGGUUGAGCGGAUCAUCCAGGACGACUCCAAGUAUGGCGGGAAGGGGGAGUAUGGUGCUUAUUUCUUGAUCUACCAUGUGAACAAGCCCGAAUAAGUGGAAGGCCAAACGCUAAAGUGUCAAGUACAUGGCUUGGGAAAGACCGUGGCCUAAUCAUAUGUGCUUUAUUCUAGAUAUAUGCAUAUAUGGUAAAUAUGUAUGCUGA